CUUUGCCACUCUGUUUACAAUUUUGCGCAAAAACGGACGAUGUAUUGAAAUAUAUAUUUAGAAAAUUAUAUAUAGCUAUAUUAUUAUAUAGCUUUGUAUGGUAUGCUUUUAGUUGUUAGCAACUUACAAUAACACAGCAUGUAGCAAAUAUGUCCAAAUAAAAUCGAAGUACAAGUGUAUUACGGUGUUUAUGCAACUUCAGAGUGUUGACUUUUAUGUAACCGGCGAGUAAAUUCAUAUGUCACGGACGCGUUUUCAUCUAAAUAUAUUUAAAGGUUUUGGUAACAUGGCAACGCUUACUCGCAAACUAUUACCUCUUGUAAGAAACGCGCUUUCAAAUCAAACGCGCCUCGCAUACGCACAUACAGGGUCAAUGAGGGCUGUUCGAGCAUUCACAUGCUCGGCAAGCCUGUUACAACUACAGAAUGAGCAUGGGACAAAUGUCCAUGUUUUGACUGGGAAAGUGGACAGAUUCGGCGGAGUGACAGUGAACCUCGGUGACAGUGAUUUCCCGUCGGAUAUCAGCGAAGAAGUAUUUAGUAGUCUACUGCGAGACUCUUUGGCUCAGUGGAGGACAGAGGGCCGGGUGGCUGUCUGGCUUCAUGUGCCCAUCUCUUUGAGCCGCUGUGCCGCAGCAGCUUCUGCUCAUGGCUUCACCUACCAUCAUGCCAAACAGGACCAAGCCAUUCUGGCUCUGUGGCUGGGAGAUGGGCAGAGCAGGCUGCCUGGGUUUGCUACUCAUCAGAUUGGAGUGGCAGGUACCCCAGGUGCAGUCGUUGAUGAGUCAAAUGGAAAGGUUCUCGUCGUUCAAGACAAAAACAAGACAGUAAAUGCAUGGAAGUUCCCUGGAGGGCUCUCGGAUCCAGGAGAAAACGUUGGCACCACUGCGGUCCGAGAGGUCUUUGAGGAGACUGGAGUCCGCUCUGAGUUCAAGUCCCUUCUGAGCAUCCGGCAGCAGCACAACCACCCGGGUGCUUUUGGGAUGUCCGACAUGUACAUCAUCUGCCGCCUCAGCCCUCUCACUCAUGACAUCAACUUCUGCACCCAGGAGUGCCUGCGCUGCGAGUGGCUGGAGCUAACCGAGCUAGCCAAGACAAGCGCCACAACACCCAUCACUAGCCGCCUAGCCAGCCUCCUGCUUCACGGCCUAAACCAGGGCUUUGACAAGAUUGAUCUGGCUAUGGAGGAGCUGCCGGCUGUCUACUCAGGGAGGUUCUACCAGCUGUACCACAGGGAGCUGCCGCAGGUGCUAAAACACAAGGCCUGA